AUGAACGCUUUCGAAACAGAAUUAGGUGUACAACCUGAAAUAGCAAAAGCUGUAGAUGAUAUGGGUUGGUUAUUACCAACAGAUGUUCAAGGUGAAGCUAUACCAAUGAUUCUUGGUGGUGGUGAUGUUUUAAUGGCAGCGGAAACAGGUAGUGGAAAAACUGGUGCAUUCUGUUUACCAAUAUUACAAAUUGUACAUGAAACAUUGAGAGAUAUUCAAGAAGGAAAUAAAGGUCCUCGUACAGGAAAACAAACUAGUUCACAUAAUGAGGCAAAGCCAGUGCAACUUAGUUUUCAUGAUCGUUCACAUGGAUUAGGUAAAUUUUCUUUUGUUUUUUU